AUCUGUAGCCACCACUAUGGAGUUCCCCACAGAGACAUUGCCGACGUCUGUCACUGCCAACAUGUCAGACCUGGGGAGGGAACGCAUGGAUUGGGACACUAUCGUCAUCUCCUCGGUCUACGCCCUGGUUUGCUGCGUUGGGGUCUUGGGCAACGCUCUGGUCAUCUAUGUCAUCCUGAGGCACACCAAGAUGAAGACCCCCACCAACAUCUACAUCCUCAACCUGGCUGUGGCCGACGAACUCUUCAUGGCCAGCAUGCCCUUCCUGGCCAUCUCGGCCGCACUCCAGCACUGGCCCUUCGGCCCGUCCGCCUGCAGGCUGGUCCUCAGCAUGGACGGCAUGAACAUGUUCACCAGCGUCUUCUGCCUGACGGUUCUCAGCGUCGACCGCUACUUGGCGGUGGCCCACCCCAUCCGGUCAGCCUCCUACCGGCGGCUGCCCGUGGCCAAGGUGGUCAACCUGCUGGUCUGGGUCCUCUCCCUGCUGGUCAUCACCCCCAUCAUCGUCUUCGCCGACACCCAGAGGACGGAGAGCGGGGCGGUCAUCUGUAACCUCAUCUGGACCAGGAGGUGGUGGUCCAAGAUCUUCGUAGUCUACACCUUCCUCCUGGGCUUCCUCAUCCCCGUCACCGCCAUCGGCCUCUGCUACUUCCUCAUCGUGGUCAAGAUGCGGGAGGUGGCCCUCAAGGCGGGCUGGGUCCAGCGGAGGAGGUCGGAGCGGAGGAUCACCUGGAUGGUGAUGUUGGUGGUGGUGGUCUUCGCCGUGUGCUGGACCCCCUUCUACACGGUGCAGCUGGUCAACGUGUUCUGGUUCCCGCCCGACCCCACCCUGGGCCAGCUGGUCAUCGUCCUCAGCUACGCCAACAGCGGGGCCAACCCCAUCCUCUACGCCUUCGUCUCCGACAACUUCCGGCAGUCCUUCCAGAAGAUUCUCUGCGUGCGCUGCCUGGGCGCCGGGCCGGAGGAGCAGGCGGGGGAGUGUGUCAUGGCCCUCAACCCCAAAGCGGGCGAGGAGGAGGCCGAGAGCCAGGAGAGACGGGCAUCGGGGGCUGUGUACCCUAACGGUACCUGUACCUCCAGGACCACUGCGCUGUAG